AUGAUAAGGAAUGAUUUAUGGAUAAAUGGGGUGAAUAGUGUUGAUAGUAGUUCACCUCAGUGUGUGAAACUGGAAGAUAACGAGCCUCUGACUUUGCAGUCAGACGGUGAUGUUGUAAUUGGAGGGUUUUUUCCUCUGCACUAUGUGGUCUCUGAGUCACACCACAGCUACCACAACAAACCUCAAACCACAUUGUGCAGCGGGUUUGACCAAAGAGCCUUCCGGUGGAUGAUGACUAUGGUGUUUGCUGUGGAGGAAAUUAACAAUAACUCAAACCUUUUACCGGGUGUUAAAUUAGGCUACCGGAUCAUGGACAGCUGUGACAAUGUCCACACCAGCCUGCAAUCCCUUUUCUCUUUAGUCAAUGACAAAACACAGCCUGAAACUUCUGCGUGUCUAUCUGGUUCUCCCAUUCCUGCUGUGAUUGGUCUUGCAUCCUCUUCCCCAACAAGAGCUGUAGCACAGACUCUCGGUCCUUUCAACAUCCCACUGGUGAGUUAUUUUGCCACUUGUACCUGUCUUACUAACAAGAAUAUAUACCCAUCAUUUCUGCGAACCGUGCCGAAUGAUCUCUUUCAAGUCAGAGGUCUUGUACAGCUGGUCACAUUCUUAGGUUGGUUCUGGGUGGGCACAAUAGGGACCACGGAUGACUAUAGUCAAUAUGGCAUCCAAGCAUUCUCUAAUCAGUUUAAACAACAAGGCGGGUGUGUGGCAUUUCAUCUCACUAUUCCAACAUCACCCACAAUGGCUGAGAUACAAGAAAUGGCAGACAGAAUGCAGAGCUCAACUGCAAAGGUCAUGGUGGUCUUUGCCACAGAGGGACAACUGCUGGAUCUGUUUAUAGAACUUGCUCAGAGAAAUUUAACAGGGCUACAGUGGGUAGCUAGUGAAGCUUGGGUUACUGCUGGCCUUUUGACCUCACCACUCUUCCACCCUCUUUUAGAGGGAACACUGGGCUUCUCCUUCCCUGGAGUCAGGAUCCCUGGCCUGAAAGAAUACCUUUUAAAUGUCCGCCCCUCUCCCAAACCAGGAAUGGAACUCAUCAACACGUUCUGGGAAGAAAUGUUUGGUUGUAGAAGCUCACUGAAAGUUUCAUCUGAUGAAAGUAAAGAUGCUGCUGAAAUACCUGCAUGUUCAGGUUUAGAGGAUCUGAGUCUCACUACUAGCAGUUAUUCUGAUGUAUCCCAGGUCAGAAUAUCCUACAAUGUGUAUAAAGCUGUAUAUGCCAUCGCCCAUGCUCUGCACACUUUACUGAACUGUGAUUCUGCAGGAUCUGACAAGCGAAAGUGUGAAAAGCAAAAUCCGUUCACCUCAAAGCAGUUGCUGUAUUAUCUGAAGACAGUGAAUUUCACUGAUCAGUUUGGAGAGAAAGUAUAUUUUGACUCCAAUGGUGAGCCAGUCCCUCUCUAUGACAUAAUAAACUGGCAGAAGGACAUCAAGGGCAAAAUCAGAUUUAUCAAAGUAGGAAGUUAUGAUGGUUCAGGUCCAGUGGGAAAACAGCUGCAGGUUAAGCAGAGCACCAUUGUAUGGACAAGGGGACAGUCACAGGUACCCGUGUCUCAGUGUAGUCCUUCAUGUCCUCCUGGCAGUAGGCAGGCCAGACGUACAGGAGAGCCCCACUGCUGCUUUGACUGUCUGUCUUGUGCAGAUGGAGAGAUCAGCAACCAGACUGGUUCCACUGAGUGUAUAAAAUGCCCCGAGUCCUACUGGUCAGACAAAGACAGGGUAAAAUGUGUUGCAGGAGUUGAAGAAUUCCUCUCUUUCUCUGACACCAUGGGCAUCAUCCUAGUUGCACUUACCUCCUUCGGUGUCAUCCUAACAAGCAUCGUUACCAUCGUCUUCCACCACUACCGCACCACACCUAUUGUCAAAGCCAACAACUCAGAAAUAAGUUUUUUGCUUCUCUUAUCACUCAAACUAUGUUUCCUGUGUUCCCUGAUGUUCAUCGGCCAACCGUCUGUGUGGACAUGUAGGAUCCGCCAGGCAGCAUUUGGAAUCAGCUUUGUCAUCUGUCUGUCCUGCCUGCUUGUCAAAACUAUUGUGGUUCUGUUAGCUUUUCAAUCUAAUGUACCCAGGUCAAGGAAACUGUUUGAUCCAUCUCAUCAGAGGGCAAUGAUUAUGUGUACUACAGCUCCUCAGAUUUGUCUCUGUGCUGGCUGGCUGUUGGGCGCUCCUCCCUUCCCAUUCAGGAAUCCUGCAUACCAAGCCUUAACAGGAAAAAUUGUUGUAGAGUGUAAGGAGCCAUGGCCACCUGGAUUUUACCUGGUCCUCAGUUACAUUGGCCUUCUAGCUUUUGUCUGCCUCCUCCUGGCAUUCCUUGGACGGAAGCUGCCGGACACAUUCAACGAAGCGAAGCUUAUCACUUUCAGCAUGCUGAUUUUCUGGGCUGUGUGGAUCUCUUUCAUCCCAGCUUAUGUUAGCUCUCAUGGGAAGUUCUCUGUGGCUGUGGAAAUAUUUGCAAUAUUAGCCUCCAGCUUUGGUCUUCUACUGUGUAUUUUUUUGCCUAAAUGUUACAUAAUUUUAUUGCACCCUGAGAGGAAUAUUAAGAAAGGCAUGACUGGAAAAUUCCUUAAAUGA